AGACUUUUUGGCAACAUUCUUCCUGAGGAUUGGUCGGAUGCCACGUCCACUGCAUACGCUUUCGGGUGGGAAGGGCACCAAUUCAUGCUUGGACGGGGCUGCACGAUUGGUAGAAAGACGCUUUCUAUAGUAUCCCGUCGAGUCAACAGACCAUGUGUGUUUGUGAAAUCUGCCGACUAUAGAUGGUUCAGCCAUACCCCACCUGCUCCGGUAAAGCCACUGCAAGCCAAACAAAAGGUUCUGGCAGUCGGUUUCAAGAAUUUUAAUGAUUUGCUGAGAGACUUUCGCUGGGCUCUGAAUUUCUACAACCACGAUAGAACAACUCCUGCAUAUCAAGACGCAUGGAACAGGUUCGGAGCGGUAUGGAAUUAUGCAAAACGUGCAUCCUGCGGUGCCAUACUACGAAAUGAGAUUGAACGAAAAGAUUUUGGAAAGUUACUUAUUGCCAUCAAUCGCGAUGAAUCAUUGUCACUUCGAGACCGUUUAGACCGAGUUCACAAUGUCCUCCGACGAAUGCGGGAAUGUGGCCUUCAAAUGGAUGAAUUCAGUUACAAUCAGCUUGCAAUUGCUUCCGGAUAUAGGAUGACAUAUACCCAGGCUGUGGAGUUUCAGGAUAGGAUGCGAAAGGACGGAAUCCAACUUACGGUGCUCACGUACUCUGCCCUCUUCACGGGACUACUACGAGUUCCGCAGUCAGGAUCAAUUGUUAUGCGUCUUCUCUCUGACAUGAAGGAUGCAAAACUUCCACCUGACAUACCCUUGUAUACCAUGCUUAUUGAUCACUUUGCCGGCAAAGGCGAUUUUGGGAGGGCCAAUCAUAUCAUUGAAUUGAUGAGAAUGCAGAAGUUAAAGCUAAAUGAGGUUACCUACACGACGCUCAUCAACGCCUAUAUCGAAGCCGGAGAUUUUGACCAAGUAGAGCAAUACUUUAAGAUGAUGCAGGCUGACGGGUUGGAUGCAGAUGCUCAUGUACUAAGUACUCUCAUGAACUUUUGCCUCAAGUCUGGCAACCUGGAAAAAGCGGAAGAAAUGCUGGAAGACCUGCGGAAGAAGAAGCAUCGCAAGGAGCAACCAUCGAAGCAUAUGUACACUCUCGUAAUCGGCGGAUAUGGAGCUCGAGAAGACAUGGUGAAUGCAGAUCGAUGGUUUCAACAAAUGAUAGCCGAUGGAGUGCAUCCCGACCAAGUGGCAUGUACCAGCCUGAUUGGGGGGUAUGUGCGUAUCGGCGAUAGCACCAAAGCCGACGAGGUAUUCCAUAAUAUGACCCGGUACGGGCUACAGCCAGACGCGUACGCAUAUGCUGUGAUGAUCAAUGGAUAUGUCAAAAGGAAAGACUUGCGAUCUACAGCCAAGAUGCUCAGGGAAAUGCAUCAUUGCGGCGUCUCGAUGGAAACAGUUCCAUUUAGCAGAAUCAUAAAGCUGUAUCUACUACGGGGUGACGACGACGCCGCUUUGGACACCUUUUCCGCGCUGAUCUCUGCUGUCAGUGAAAAAAAGGCUCGAAUGGAGUGGACGCACAUAAUCCAAUUUCUGGUGAGACUAGGUCGAUUAACAGCUGUGCGAGCGUGGUACGAUGCGCUACGAACCGCUGGUAUGGAAGUUGGGAAGCGUACAGCUGGAUUUGUAUGGUCACCUGGGUCGUCUUGGAAAGCCGAGAUCUUGCGCGAAUUUGGAAACCAAGGAAGAUUUAAGGCAGGCUUGGCUGUCUGGCGAUACUUACGGCGAAUCGAAAAGGUCAUAGAUGAAAGCACAAUCUGUGCCUAUGUUGAUUUGUGCCGUAUGGAUGGUGCUGUUGACAACCUCCGUUUGGAUCUCGAAAGUAUGGUGGAAGAAGGAUAUGCACUCACUGCGCCAAUAUACGCGUCCUGGAUGGUGACGCUGAUAUCUCGAGGGCAUGCAAGGAAAGCAACUCGAUUGCUGAUGGAAGACAUGCCGGACAAUGGGAUACAUCCCACCGUAGACACCUUUGUGAGGGUUGUGACAGAAUUGAGAAGGCAAGCACAAUGGGCAGAGGCCAGGCACGUUUUAGAUUAUCUCGCAUCUGAGGAGCCGGAACUGGAACCAGAAGUAAAUCGCACACUUGUAGAAGGGUUACAUGAUAUAACGAAUCAGUAGCACCGGGUGUAAAUCGCAUAGAGCUGUACAUAAUGAUGGCAAACGAGUUCAGCAGGCUCAAUCUCAACCGGGCUUCUUUCGCUUCUUGCUUUUCUCUUCCUUCAUCUG